UUGGAGUAAAGAAAUACCCACUGACAGAUCUGACUAGGCUACCCAACUCUCAUUCGACUGAAAAUGUAUAAACUACAGUUGUUGAGUGUUUUUUUAAAUGAUCGUUUAACGGCGGCUGCUGUGGAGAUUUUCGGGGAAGUAGAGAAAAUGUUAGUGGAGUACCAGGAGGAGAAUAAUCGUCUACGGAGCCUGCUGCGGAUCACACCGGACAUAAAACUAUGUAGAAUAGACUCCCUGCAAGUCUCUCUCGCUGACUCUGAAGAGGAGGUUCCCCCUGAACAGCAGCACUGUGAGCAGGAGUGGAGUAACAGUCUGGGGCAGGAGGACCCUGAGUCCACACAGAUUAAAGAGGAACAGGAGGAAGUCAGGACCAGUCAGGAGGAAGAGCAGCUUCAAGGGCUGGAGGCUGAUAUCAUAGAGUUCAAUUUCACUCCUUCCUGUGUGAAAAGUGAAUGUGAUCAUGAGGACCCACUUCAGUCCUUGACUCUUCCCCAAACCCAGACUGUGGAGAACAGAGACAGAGACUCUAAACCAGUAGAUACUGAACCUUUUGGCACUGUGACCCACCUAAAAGGUUUCAAAAUUCCUUGUGGCCCUCCAGAUAAUCAGAACAUUGCUUACAGCCACAGUUCAGCCAUAUGCAGCAACCCAGUAGGACUUGAUAGCAGCCCACAAUUGGAUCCCAACCCACAAUUGGAUCUUAAUCCACCAAUGGGGGAACUCUGCACCUGCCCCUUUUGUGGCAAGACCUUCAAACAAAAAGGAAAUCUGUCCAUGCACAUGAGGAUUCACACAGGAGAGAAACCUUUUAGCUGUGGUGACUGUGGGAAGAGCUUUAUUCAGAAGGGGGACCUAAGGAGACAUAUACUGACUCACACAGGAGAGAAACCAUUCAGUUGUAAUUUUUGCUGUAAAAGCUUCAAUCAGAAAGGGGACCUAAGGAGACAUAUCCUGACUCACACAGGAGAGAAACCAUUUAGCUGUGAUUACUGUGGUAAAGGAUUCAUUCGCAAGGAGCACCUAACUGCACAUAUACGGACUCACACAGGAGAAGUGUCGGUCUCAAGCAGAACCUAACCUUGCAGAAACUGAUAAAUAGAUCUGUGAUCAAUUUUAAUGUUGAAAACAUUGUAUGUAAAUAAAGUUUGAUUUGAAUGAUGAGGUACUUAUCAAGCAGUACAGAGUAUUGUAGGACAUUCACAGGUCUGCUGUUCAAAGUCUGUAGAAUCGUUGUCUUCGUUAGAAACAGGAAUAUCUGAUCGUUUGAUUAGGAUCUCGUGGUGAUAAAGGGGCAGGCUGAUGUUAUUGAUGCCAUGAAAUACAAUUCCAGAAAAUAUCUCCUUCCGUUUUGUCCCAAAGAGUUUUUUCUCAUCAAUUCAGACCUAAUGCUGCUCAUUCACUAUCUGUAUUUCGAUUCGAUAUUGUGAUGUUAUUGCUAUUUGAUGUACAUAAACAUAUUACUCCUUAUAUGUCUCCUGCAGAGAGACGAGAGAGCAUCAGAAAAUGUGUUUUGAUCAUGGAAAUAAAAGUG